GCAUCAUCAAUCCUUGUGAAAGUAUGCAUGCUAAUCUCCUUUGUCUUGUAUGUUCAGCAGGUUUUUUCAUCCUCAAAUACCUCAGAAGCUGCUGCUCUUCUGAAAUGGAAAAACACCCUUCAAAGCGAAACCCAGUCCCGACUAUCUUCAUGGACUUUCCAUCCAAGUAGUCAAACUAAUUCUUCUGCAAAUCGAAGCCUGAGUACAAUUCCAUGCACCUGGUUUGGUAUUUCUUGCGACCCUGCUGGAAGUGUCAUCCAAAUUAGGCUAACCAGCUUUGGUUUACAAGGUACGCUUCAUGGAUUGUCUUUUUCGUCUUUCUCAAAUCUUGCACAUAUUAACCUCUCUGUGAACGCUCUCUUUGGGACCAUUCCGCAUCAAAUUAAGUAUCUUUCCAAACUCAUUUUUCUUGAUUUGUCUCGUAACUUCUUGUCUGGAGAAAUCCCACCAGAAAUUGGCCUCCUUGCAAAUCUUAAAUACCUCAGCCUUUUUGAAAAUCAGUUAAAUGGCUCGAUUCCUAAAGACAUCGGUCACCUAAACUCUCUAACUGGCCUUUUUCUUUACAAAAAUCAUUUGGAUGGUUUCAUUCCAACUUCUUUAUGCAACUUGGGAAAUCUUACAUUGUUGUAUCUCUACAAGAACCAACUUUCUGGACCCAUUCCAAAAGAUAUAGGUCACUUAACUUCUUUAAUUGAUCUUUCUCUUUCUGGAAACCGUUUGGAAGGUUCCAUUCCAAUUUCUUUAAAAAACUUGAGAAAUCUUACUCGUCUUUAUCUCGACCAGAACAAACUUUCUGGCUCUAUUCCUGAAGAGAUAGGAAACUUGACGCAUUUGAUGGUAAUAUAUUUGAGCUUGAACCAACUCCAUGGUGCUAUUCCAAGUUCAUUUUCCAAUUUGAGCAGUUUAGAAAUUUUAUCUCUUUUUCAAAAUAGACUUUCUGGUCCCAUUCCACAAGGAAUUGGGGAUUCCAUGAACUUAACGUCAUUGCUACUUGGUGGAAACCAAUUUACUGGUUAUUUGCCUGAAAAUAUUUGUCGUUCUGGACUACUUCAAAACUUUUCUGUAGAAAACAACUAUUUCACUGGUCGUGUUCCCCAAAGCUUGAAAAACUGUAGGAGCUUGGUAAGAGUCCGCAUGAAUGGAAACCAACUUGUUGGAGAUAUAUCUAAGGACUUUGGUGUCUAUCCAAACUUGCAAUUCAUAGAUCUAAGCCACAAUUACUUUCAUGGAAAGAUUUCAAGUAAUUGGGGACAAUGUCCAAAGUUAGGAACCCUACAGAUGAGGGGGAAUAAUAUUACUGGUGGCAUACCACUCGAUAUUGGGAAUUCGACUCAACUGCAUGUACUUGAUCUUUCUUUAAAUCACAUACUUGGGGCGAUUCCAAAAGAACUUGGAAAACUAACUUCUCUAGAGAAAUUGUGGUUGAAUGGCAAUCAACUCUCUAGUGCUCUACCUUCAGAAUUUGAAUCACUGACCAAUCUUGAAUUUCUCGAUGUGUCCUCAAACAAGUUGACCGACCCAAUUCCACAUAUUCUUGGGAACCUACCAAAAUUGCACAACUUGAAUUUAAGCCAUAACAAUUUUAGCGAAGGGAUUCCAAAACCACUCAUGAGCUUAAUUCAUCUAUCUGUACUAGAUUUAAGCUGUAACUCUUUAAGUGGAGAGAUACCAUCAGAAAUCAUCAAAAUGCAGAGUUUGGAGGAUCUGAACCUCUCUCAUAAUUAUCUUUCCGGUUUCAUUACUACGGCCUUUGAACAAAUGCAUGGCUUGUUGCAUGUUGACGUAUCCUACAAUGAGUUGCAGGGUCCCAUUCCCAAUAGCAAAGCAUUUGUACAGGCUCCCAUGGAAGACUUGCAAGGGAAUAAGGGAUUGUGCGGGAAUGGUAGAGGGCUACGACCAUGCAAACAUAUCUCAGAAAGGUCGCACAAAGGAGUGCUUGUAGUAAUUUUCCCUGUCGUUGGAUCACUAUUAUUUCUUCUUAUAACCUUCUUCGGAAUUCUUCUCGUUUUACAAAGAAGAAAGAAAGAUCUACAAUCGAAAGAAAGCAACAAGCAUAAUGGAGGACUACUUUCGGUAUUAAGUACUUUCGAUGGAAGAAAGAUGUAUGAAGAAAUCGAAAAAGCAACUGAAGGUUUUAAUGACAUAUAUUGCAUUGGAAAUGGAGGAUGCGGAGUCGUCUAUAAAGCAAACUUGCCAUCUGGUGAGAUAGUAGCAGUGAAGAAACUCAACCCACAACCUGAUGGUGAUCAGAAAAUAAUCCAAAAACAGUUCUUAAAUGAGAUAAGGGCAUUAACCGAAAUACGACAUCGAAACAUCGUCAAACUUCAUGGAUACUGUUCACAUAUUCAACAUUCUCUUUUGGUUUACGAGUACCUCGAAUGUGGUAGUUUGAGAACAAUUAUGGAGAACGAAGAGGCUGCUAAAGAAUUAGAUUGGCAUAAGAGGUUGAAUAUUGUUAAAGGAGUGGCUCAUGCCUUGUCUUACAUGCACCAUGACUCCUCACCACCAAUAAUUCAUCGGGACAUAAAAAGUAGCAACAUCUUGAUAGAUUCUCAACAUGAGGCUCGUGUUUCAGACUUCGGCACAGCUAAGCUUCUUGAGCUAAACUCAUCCAAUUGGACAUCCUUUGCAGGCACAUAUGGAUAUAUAGCACCAGAGCUUGCUUAUACAAUGAAGGUGUCUGAGAAAUGUGAUGUAUAUAGCUUUGGGGUGUUGUCAUUGGAAGUCAUAAAAGGAAAGCAUCCAGGUGAUUCCAUCUCCUCACUUUCAUCUCCAUCAACUAAUGAAAAUAUACACCCGAAGGAUGUUUUGGACCAGCGCCUUCCAUUUCCAGAACGUCAAAUUUUGGAUGAUCUUGUAGUUGUUGUAAACCUUGCAACUGAGUGCUUGAAUGCUGACCCACAAUCUAGGCCUACUAUGCUCAUAAUUUCUCAAGUUUUAUCUUCCAAAACUUCACGGUCCUAGAGACGACUUUUUUUUUCUUCAGUUGCAGAAGGAAAGUCAUGCGUACUGUGCCAUAAGAGUAUUAAUGGCAUAGAGAUUUUUUGUUUCAUUGCAAGUAGAUCUAGAUGUUCUAUUUUUAAAGAGCACUCUUUUCUUAGACAAACCAGAAGGUUUGUUAUGAGAGAGUUUAUAGAAGUUAAAACAAUACCUAUCACAAAGAAAUUUGUGUAUAGGGGUGCCCCAGAGUAGAUAUGUAGUUUGGUUUGUAGUCUGGGUUUUUUUUUAUUUUAAUA